CACAAAUACCGCAUGCCGUUGCCGCAAUUCAUGGGCACAGCGACCUCUCGUCUCCUCUCCAUCUAGACACCACUUUCUUCUCUCCGCCUCAGGCGGCGCGCGCGCGGCUAGCUUCCCGGCCUCCCAGCAACAUCCCGCCACCACUUCCUCCUCCUCCUCCGCUCUCUCCGGCCGCGCGCGCCGACGUUUUUUUUUUUCCAACGGAGGCCGCCGCGCGCUGCCUUUAGUUUCGGACCCAUCCAUCCAUACAUAGCCAACAUCACCUAUAGCAGGCGGAGGGACGGAGGACCGUCCGUCUCGUUCACUCCGCGCCGCGCGUGGCCCGAUCCAGCCCGGCCCUCGGAUGGUCGCCGCUGGCACGUACAGCGACGACACCAGCGGCGGCGGGUGCGGGUCCAUGGAGUUCUGGCCGGAGUUCCUGGCCUCCAGCGGCGGGCGCGAGUUCGUGGCCGGCGGGGUGGGCGGCAUGGCGGGCGUGCUGGCGGGCCACCCGCUCGACACGCUCCGCAUCCGCCUCCAGCAGCCGCCCGCCGCGGGCGCACCACGCCGCCGCGACGCGCACCCCUCAGCCCCGCGCCUCCUACGCGGCAUCCUCCGCGCCGAGGGCCCCUGCGCGCUCUACCGCGGCAUGGCCGCGCCGCUCGCCUCCGUCGCCUUCCAGAACGCGAUGGUGUUCCAGGUGUAUGCGGUCCUGUCGCGGUCGCUGGGCCCCGCCACCUCCGAGCCGCCGUCCUACGCGAGCGUGGCGCUGGCCGGCGUCAGCACGGGGGCGCUGCAGACGCUGAUCCUGUCCCCGGUGGAGCUGGUCAAGAUCCGGCUGCAGCUGGAGGCGGCGUCGGGGCACGGCCCCGUGGAGAUGGUCCGUGAAAUCCUCCGGCGCGAGGGCCUGCGCGGCGUGUACCGCGGGCUGGCGGUGACCGCGCUCCGCGACGCGCCGGCGCACGGCGUCUACUUCUGGACGUACGAGCGCGCCCGGGAGCGCCUGCACCCGGGGUGCCGCCGCAGCAGCAGCAGCCAGGACCAAGACGGGGACGAGGGCCUGGGCACCAUGCUCGUGGCCGGCGGCCUGGCCGGGGUCGCCAGCUGGGUGUGCUGCUACCCGCUGGACGUGGUCAAGUCGCGGCUCCAGGCGCAGGGCGCGGCGUCGGCGUCGGCGCCCAGGUACCGCGGCGUCGUCGACUGCUUCCAGAGGAGCGUCCGGGAGGAAGGCCUCCCCGUGCUGUGGCGCGGCCUCGGCACCGCCGUCGCCCGCGCGUUCGUCGUCAACGGCGCCAUCUUCUCCGCCUACGAGCUUGCCCUGCGCUUCAUUGCCAGCGGCGGCGGCCCCAGGCUGGUCAUGGAGGACAAGUGAGUCAGACUGGACCGUGUUGUACAUAGGCUAGUAUAAGUAUCCAUUCCAGUGGUUGGUGGAGAGUAUCCAUGCCACUGCCAGCGCAGUGAGCUGAGAUUCGUGGACUGGAGUAGCGUACCGUAGCUGCAAGCUUCAUACAAAUCGAAGCAUGCGUCUUGAUGAUGGCGAUCGAUUCACCCUGGUAAUUUGGGGAAAUACACUGUGCAGUGCAUUGUGCAUUACAUUGGUGUGCUGCUAUUCCAUAUAGUAUAGUACUCUGCAUGAACAUCAGUGAUCAAUCAACUGACCAAUUGACAUUACAGUAUGUAUGGAUAAACCAUUCAUGG